AUGGCGACUCCCUCAAACCACAAUACUAUCGACAAAACGACGAUUGGAAGAGAUUGGGACAGACUACCCGUCGAGGUCAUCUCCAUGAUCAUCGGCCAUCUCGACAGAGACGACCUCAAGAAUUGUCGACUGGUAGACAACUGCACCGGCCUUCAAGCGACAUGUCGGUUGUUCCGCGCUAUUCAUAUCUGGCCGACCACGCGCAGCGGUGAAGUAGCAGGGAAAGUCAACAACCCCAAGCUGUCAGGUUUUGUGCGUUGCUUGGAGUGGCAUUGGAAUCCACUCGUCUGCCGAUGUCACUUUGUCUACCUAUGCUGCAUGUAUAACGGCAUUGAUUACUUUAAGAGCUUUGGUCACCCGUACAUGCGAGACCUUCUGCAAAGCCUUUCUCGCCCGAACGCCUUGUGCUAUACCAACGGCAGGAUUGAAAAGUCGGACGGAGCGUGCAAUUUGCACGGCAGUCUCCCACAGGGAGGCGGACUGAGAGCACCUCCACCACGAUCAAGAGUCGAGAGAUUGCUGAACACCAUCUUAGUCAACUUAUCAGUGACGGAAACGGCUGGAUCGCCUUAUGUCGCCCAUGAGAAACCAGCCUUGUGUAAAGAGAGCAAAUUCAAGGUCAUCUUCGAGACGCGAGACCGCGAUCACAGCCUUACCCUCCUUUUCCAUGCCCCAAAGAUCGACGGUCGCUGGAAUGUCGCCAGAUUAUUUCAAACUCUGGGAGGAUUGCAGAAGCUAUUACCUUCGGUAGAGGACUUAGUGUUGGGUUUCGGAGCGAUGACGGUGGAACACCAACUCUAUCUUUACAGCGAGUCUUCGAUGAUGGGUACAAUGAGUCGAUACUUAAUGUCUCGCAGUUUCUCCCGACUGAAGAACUUGACCCUUGGCAAGGUAAUCACUACCGAGGAUGAACUCUGGCAAUUCAUUGUACGCCAUAGGGAGACAUUGAACUCGCUCACCUUCCGCAACGUAUGUCUCAGCCAAGACGUGUCAACAGGAGCGUUCAACGGAGCGGCUCCGAAAGUCGGAAUCGUGAAGCUUCUUCGUGAGGAGACGCAGUUCAAGGAUCUGGCUUUUCACGACGAGGGAACCAUCCAUGCUAGAAGGGGAGGGCACGUCGAUGUAUGA